UUUUAAGCAUUUUCUUUAAAUUUAUGGUUGCUUUGUAUGCUGAAAUGAAUCCCAAGUAAACAAUUUUAUUUUUGUUUUCCCAGCAAUUUUUAAACAUUUAUUCUAUUUGGAAUCAUAAUUAUAAACAAAGUGAGCUUUUGUAGUUUCAACAAAAGAUUCGCCUGCGAAAUGGCCUACUCCAGUUUUAAAUUUAGAAAACCCUGAGUGAUACCUAAAUCCAGCAUAUAAAAGACUACAACUAAAAAAAAUUACUCAAAUCAUCAUCUUAAAGUGAAACCAAUAAAUAUGUUUCAGUUUGACAUUCCAACCACAACACCAGCAGCAAUAGAUACUGAACGUUCUGACGUAGCACUGACACAACAGGUACACAAUGGCGGCUUGAGUGUCUUUGACAGAAAAGGAGAAAAUUAUUCGGAUUUGGCCGUAGCAGUGACGCGUUCAGUGGCAGCCACAAUUUACGAAAUGUGUACUGAGUCGUUGUACAACAACUGCAGUGAAGUCAAUGGAACUGCAAACAACACACAUCCAAUACCCGCCGAUGACAUAUCCUUUAUUCUGCCAUGGUGGCGACAAGUGCUUUGGAAUAUACUCUUUGUUGGGAUGGUUAUUGUCGCAACUGGCGGUAAUUUAAUUGUGGUUUGGAUUGUGUUAACAACAAAGCGAAUGCGUACUGUAACGAAUUAUUUUAUAGUAAAUCUUUCCAUUGCUGAUGCCAUGGUAUCCAGUUUAAAUGUAACUUUCAAUUACAUUUACAUGUUGGACAACGACUGGCCAUUCGGAGAACUUUACUGUAAAAUUUCACAGUUCAUAGCAACAUUAAGUAUAAGUGCAUCAGUGUUUACGUUAAUGGCGAUCUCAAUUGACAGAUAUAUUGCAAUCAUGAAACCAUUGCAACCACGUAUGAGCAAGCGUUGCAAUUUAGCUAUUGCUGCAGUUAUAUGGAUUGUUUCUGCGAUAAUAUCCUGUCCAAUGUUGUUGUUUUUCACUACAGGCGAAACAACUUCACAAGAUGGUAUACGCACUGUUUGUUAUACUGAAUGGCCUGAUGGCCCAACAAAUCACUCCGAACUGGAGUACAUCUAUAAUAUACUAUUCAUGAUAUUGACAUACUUUUUGCCGAUCAUAUCAAUGACUGUCACCUACUCACGUGUGGGCAUUGAACUUUGGGGCUCGAAAGCUAUUGGUGAAUAUACCCCACGACAAGUCGAAAAUGUGAAGGGGAAACGUAGGGUUGUGAAAAUGAUGAUGGUUGUGGUAUUGAUAUUCGCUGUUUGUUGGCUACCGUUUCAUGCUUAUUUCAUUGUAACAUCCUGCUAUCCAGGAAUUACUAAAGCACCUUAUAUACAAGAAUUGUACUUAGCUAUAUACUGGUUAGCCAUGAGUAAUUCUAUGUACAAUCCUAUUAUUUACUGUUGGAUGAAUUCAAGCAUUUAUCACGCUUUCAGAUUUCGUUAUGGCUUCAAGUUGUUUUUCCGCUGGUGUCCGUUUGUCCAUUUGGGCGCUGAAAAUUUGAAUCGACGCGAUAAUUUGACCUCACGUUACUCCUGUUCCGGUUCACCAGAUCAUAAUCGUAUCAAGCGAAAUGGUAAAUACACACAACGAUCUUUUCUAUCCACAUGUCCAGGUUCACCGAAAAGUCGACGCAUAUCACAUUGCGGUGUCCUAAGAAAUUCCAGUAGCAUGUCACAGCGCGAUUCUGCACGUUUUUCAGCACCGACCGGCAGUACCAAUACCGGCUACUCCUAUCAUCAGCGCUGUCUUAUGAACAAUCAAGAGCUUACUUCGCUGAACAGUCAAAGCUGUAAGGAUUAUAUGAAAGUGCCAACACGUAUGAAUACAGUGCAAAUGCGACAAAAUUGGACACCACCACAAAUGGCAGGCACUUCCGUUUGUGGUGGUAUUGACAUAAAUAAUUCAAUUGACAGCCGAGCAGCAACAGCAGCCGCUUUGAUGUUCUGACAGCAAGAUGACUUUCACGCAAACCCAAACUCAAGCCCCAGCCCCAACCCCAACACGAGCCCAAAUACAAACGCAAACGCAAACGCAAACAGCAACGGAAACGGAAACAUUCGACUCAACAAUAUGAAUGGAAGCAUAAAAUCGGUAGUGAACAAUAACAAUUACAACAAAACAAUGGAGUCUAGGACAACACUACAUACGCCAAGUGUUAUGUUUGCCGACAACGAUAAAACUUGGCUAUAAAUUCCUUCUCCCAUUCUCUCCCAUAUAUUUUCUAUGUUGGCAAUAUUGGAACCGAAACCGAAUCUGUACUGAAUUCUAUCAAAACGAACAAAUCACAGUGAAAUGUUUUUUCUCUCUUGUUGUGGUAAUUGUAUAAAUUUAUUAUAUAUAUAUACAAUAUAUAUGUAAACAUAUAUAAAUAUAUAUACAUACAUAUAAAAGCAAACACAUUAAAGUUUAUUAUUGUUAGGAGCUUAAAUUAAUGAAGCAGUGAAGUGAUUGUAAAUAUAAUGAAAUAUUUUAUCAAUGUUACUCAUAAGUAGACGCAGCAAGUCUCAUAGUUGCUGUGCUUUAUACUCGAUGUGAUUUUAACUA